CGCAUCUGUCCGUGACUCACGGAUUUGGGUGGGGUGUUGUCAAGAAAGUCACGGGCCGGCGAAGUUAGAACCUGAGAGUCGGAGAACCACAUGAUCACCAGCUGGUUAUUCUGUUUUGACCAGGACAUCAGUCUCAUUUUUCAACAGGACUGAUCCAGGCUGUAGCAAUGGAUGCCUUUGAUGUCAUCUUCAACCAGCCUGUUGUUAUUGACAAUGGUUCUGGAGUGAUCAAGGCAGGAUUUGCUGGAGACCAGACACCAAAAUGCCACUUUCCAAAUUACGUGGGCAGACCGAAGCAUGUCCGAGUGAUGGCUGGAGCCCUGGAGGGUGACAUUUUUGUUGGCCCCAAGGCAGAAGAGCACAGAGGACUGCUUAGCAUCAGGUACCCCAUGGAGCACGGCAUUGUGACCGACUGGAACGACAUGGAGAGGAUCUGGCAGUACAUCUACAGUAAGGACCAGCUGAAAACGUCUUCAGAGGAGCACCCAGUACUUCUGACAGAGGCCCCUCUGAAUCCCAGGAAGAACAGGGAGAAGUCGGCUGAAAUAUUUUUUGAAACCCUUCAAGUUCCUGCAUUAUUUGUGUCCAUGCAAGCCGUCCUCAGUCUGUACGCCACAGGCCGCACCACGGGUGUCGUGCUGGACGCCGGCGACGGCGUCACGCACGCGGUGCCCAUCUACGAGGGCUUCGCGCUGCCGCACAGCAUCAUGCGGGUGGACGUGGCCGGUCGCGACGUCUCCAGAUACCUGAGACUGCUGCUGAGGAAGGAGGGCGUCAACUUCCACACGACGGCCGAGUUUGAGGUGGUCAAGGCCAUCAAGGAGCGCGCCUGUUUCGUGGCCACCGACCCGCGCCGCGAGGAGACCAAGGAGACGGAGCGGGUGCGCUACACCCUGCCCGACGGCAGUGCGCUGGAGAUCGGCGCGGCGCGGUUCCGCGCGCCCGAGGUGCUGUUCCGGCCGGACCUCAUCGGCGAGGAGUACGAGGGCAUCCACGAGGUGCUCAUGUACUCCAUCCAGAAGUCAGACCUUGACCUGCGCAAGGUGCUGUUCCAGAACAUCGUGCUCUCCGGCGGCUCCACCCUGAUCCGGGGUUUCGGAGACCGCUUCCUAAGUGAAGUGAAAAGGCUGGCACCGAAGGAUAUCAAAAUAAAGGUGUCGGCGCCCAAGGAGCGGCUGUACUCCACCUGGAUCGGCGGCUCCAUCCUGGCCGCCCUCGACACGUUCAAGAAGAUGUGGGUCAGCAAAAAGGAGUACGAGGAGGACGGCCAGCGCGCCGUCCACCGGAAAACCUUCUGAGCGCGCCGCCUGCCGCGGCUAGAUAGCGACCGGGCAGCAACAGGACAGCGCCCGGCGGCGUCGGCACACUGGCCGGGCAGUGAUCGGGCACUCGCUGGGCAGUGAUCGGGCAGCGAUUGGACAUUGGCCGGACCUUCGCUUGGCAGCGGCCGGCCGUCGGCUCGGCAGUUUCGGCGCGGCGCUCCGCCCGUCCGCCCCUUCCCGUGUGCUUAUAGUUUUGUAUGGGCCGUGUGGCGCCGAGCGUGAUAACUUAUUUUGAUGGUGAGUUUACUGCGCGCCGUGCUGGGUCGGUGUGCGCUGCUUUCGGGGUGGGUCGAGUGGUGUGCGGUGGUGCGGCCUUCUCCGGCGGCUGGUGGCCUCGUGCGUGGCGCCCGGACGACAUUCCACGGAUGACACGUCGGGCAGCCUGCGCCGCGUGCGGCUGCCGUCCUCGUCUCCUGUAACACUGCGGCUGGGUGUCCAUGUUGCGCAUCACAUGCCUCCAAAGCACCGUUUUAACAGACCCCUAGGGCGCUCGUAAUUUGUUCACCCCUCCGUUAUGGACAUUACGAUAAAUGAACAACUUAUCGA